CCGCCUGUCCGGGCGGGUCUGCGGGCGGCGGCGGCGCCGUGCAGUGCGCCGGGUCUCCGGGAGAUGGCUUCUCCGCGCUCGCCCGCGGCUCCCGCUAUUGUCUCGCCCGGGGUUGCCUGACUGCGGGCUCGCGCACGCUCCCGGCCGCGAGGACUUUCCCCUCCGAGCAGGUCCUUGCGCCCUGCCUGCGCCCCGCGGCCCCGGGAUCCCGGGCCGGCGCUCGCCGCGUGGAGCCGGAGAGGGAGCGGCGCCGGAGGAGGCGUGCGCGGCUGCUCGCCCGGGUGGCGGUGCCGCCUGGAGCCGCGGAGCGAGCAGCCCUCGUCGCCGAGCACGCGACACGUCGGGUCCAGCAGGGAAGCCCGCGGGGAGCACAGGUGCCCAGACACCAUGCCACAACCCUGCAGACCUGACCUUGGCAGGAAGUAAAGGACUUCCUUGUCUCCUCUGUCCCCCAUCCUCACUAUGUCUUCGACUCAGGGAAAUGGAGAACACUGGAAGUCCCUGGAGUCGGUGGGCAUCAGCCGCAAAGAGCUGGCGAUGGCCGAAGCCCUGCAGAUGGAGUAUGAUGCUCUGUCCCAGCUCCGGCAUGACAAGGAGGAAAGCAGAGCCAAGCAGAACACAGACCCCUCUCUCAUCAGCUGGGAUGAGCCUGUCCUAGACUUCUACAGCAAGCCAGCAGGAAGGCGGAAGGACUUCAAGCUCUUACGCGGUCUUUCUGGCUCCGAUCCUACCCUCAAUUACAACUCAGUCUCCCCACAAGAACGGCCACCCAACCACUCUACCUCCCAGGGCUCCCAGCCUGGCCCAGAUCCCUGGCCUAAAGGCUCCCUGGCUGGAGACUAUCUCUACAUCUUUGAUGGUUCAGAUGGGGGGCUCUCUUUGUCCCCAGGACCUGGGGACGUAGAUGGCUCUUCCAAGAAACUGUCCCCACCUCCUCUGCCUCCCCGAGUGUCUAUCUGGGACAACCCUCCUCUGCCUCCCAGAAAGGGGUCCCCCUCAUCCUCCAAGAUCUUCCAGCCCAAUGACAUCAACACUUUGUCUUUGAUCGAACAACCUCCAGGCAAAUUGCUAGGGCAUCGGAUCUUAGAGGAGGAAGAGGAGCGGGGAGGUGGGGGUCCAGGGCCCCUACUGGCGUGUGUGGACUAUGAUGGUAUCAAUGAUGCAAUUACACGGCUCAACUUGAAGUCAACCUACGAUGCAGAGAUGUUGCGGGACACCACCAGGGGCUGGAAGGAGGGCCGGGGGCCUCUGGACUUUGGCAAGGACACUCCUGGAAAACCCGUGGCCCGGAGCAAGACCAUGCCCCCUCAGGUGCCCCCCCGCACCUAUGCCUCCCGCUAUGCCAACCGAAAAAAUGCUACACCUGGCACGAACCACCGCAUUUCUGCUGCUCCGCUCGGUGCAGGGGCUCAUCCCGCCAGCAGGGGGUACCCCUCAGGCCCUCGGCCUGUACCGCCGCCCCGCCUUCGCCGGGCUUCCAGCCGGAGGGACCCUCCUUAUCCCAGGCCUGUGGAGCCAGCUCUGGACACGGUUGGCUCCAGAUGUCAGCCUUGUACCCCCGCUGUCAGCCUCUGCCCAGCAGACUCCCCCAGCCAGCAUCGGGCGAUGCCACCAGGGCCUGCCAGCAGGGCGAACGUGGGCUCCCGGCCCCAUGCCGUCGCCAAUGGCCAUGAAUUGUUUGAGGUCUCAGAGGAGAGAGAUGAGGAAGUUGCUGCGUUUUGCCACAUGCUGGAUAUCCUCCGAUCUGGCUCUGAUGUCCAAGACUACUCCCUCACUGGAUAUGUCUGGAGUGCCGUCACUCCGAGCCCGGAGCAUCUUGGGGAUGAGGUCAACCUGAAGGUGACUGUGUUGUGUGACAGCCUGCGGGAGCCGCUCACUUUUACCUGCAACUGCUCCUCCACUGUCGACUUGCUCAUCUACCAGACCCUGUGCUACACCCAUGAUGAGCUGAGGGAUGUGGACGUGGGUGACUUUGUCCUGAAGCCCUGUGGGCUGGAGGAGUUCCUGCAGAACAAGCAUGCCCUGGGCAGCCAUGAGUACAUUCAAUACUGCCGCAAGUUUGACAUCGACAUUCGGCUACAGCUGAUGGAGCAGAAAGCUGUACACAGUGACCUGGCCCGCACGGUGAAUGAUGACCAGAGCCCCUCCACCUUGAACUACCUCAUCCAUCUGCAAGAGAGGCCAGUCAAACAGACCAUCAGCAGGCAGGCCCUGAGUCUUCUGUUCGACACUUACCACAAUGAGGUGGAUGCCUUCCUGCUGACUGAUGGGGACUUCCCGCUGAAGGCUGACAGGGUGGUCCAGUCUGUCAAGGCCAUCUGCAACGCCCUGGCCGCGGUGGAAACUCCUGAGAUCACCAGUGCUCUCAACCAGCUGCCCCCCUGCCCCUCCCGCAUGCAGCCCAAGAUUCAGAAGGAUCCCACAGUCUUGGCUGUGAGGGAAAACCGAGAGAAGGUCGUGGAAGCCCUGACAGCUGCCAUCUUGGACCUGGUGGAGCUGUACUGCAACGCGUUCAACGCAGACUUCCAGACAGCAGUGCACGGGAGCCACAAGCAUGACCUGGUCCAGGAGGCCUGCCAUUUCUCUGGGCCCCUGGCCUUCACUGUCUAUGCCACCCACCGCAUCCCCAUCACCUGGGCUACCAGCUAUGAAGAUUUCUACCUCUCCUGCUCCCUCAGCCACGGCGGCAAGGAGCUGUGCAGCCCCCUGCAGACCCGAAGGGCUCACUUCUCCAAGUACCUCUUCCACCUCAUCAUCUGGGACCAGCAGAUCUGCUUCCCCGUGCAGGUGAACCGGCUGCCUCGGGAGACCCUGCUGUGUGCCACUCUCUAUGCUCUGCCCAUCCCCCCAGCUGGCGGCUCCUCGGAGGCCAAUAAGCAGCGGCGGGUGCCUGAAGCCCUGGGCUGGGUCACUACCCCACUCUUCAACUUCAGGCAAGUCCUGACCUGUGGCCGGAAGCUUCUGGGCUUAUGGCCAGCAACACAGGAAAAUCCCAGUGCCCGUUGGAGUGCACCUAAUUUCCACCAGCCGGAUAGCGUCAUUCUGCAGAUUGACUUCCCCACCUCUGCCUUCGACAUCAAGUUCACCAGCCCCCCUGGAGACAAGUUCAGCCCCCGCUAUGAGUUUGGCAGCCUCCGGGAGGAAGACCAACGCGUGCUUAAAAACAUCAUGCAGAAGGAGUCCUUGUACUGGCUCACUGAUGCUGACAAGAAGCGCCUGUGGGAGAAGCGAUAUUAUUGCCACUCGGAGGUGAGCUCGCUCCCCUUGGUGCUCGCCAGCGCCCCCAGCUGGGAGUGGGCGUGCCUGCCCGACACCUAUGCUCUCCUGAAGCAGUGGACCCACAUGAACCACCAGGAUGCCCUGGGGCUCCUUCAUGCCACCUUCCCAGACCAGGAGGUGCGUCGCAUGGCUGUGCAGUGGAUUGGCUCGCUCUCGGACGCCGAGCUGCUCGACUACUUGCCCCAGCUCGUGCAGGCCCUGAAGUAUGAGUGCUACCUGGACAGCCCCCUCGUGCGCUUCCUGCUGAAACGCGCCGUCUCUGACUUGAGAGUGACUCACUACUUCUUCUGGUUGCUGAAGGAUGGCCUCAAGGACUCUCAGUUCAGCAUCCGCUACCAGUAUCUGCUGGCAGCCUUGUUGUGCUGCUGUGGCAAGGGGCUGAGAGAGGAGUUUAACCGCCAGUGCUGCCUCGUCAGCACCCUGGCCAAGCUGGCCCAGCAGGUCCGGGAGGCCACCCCAUCUGUACGGCAGGGCAUCCUCCGCUCGGGCCUGGAGGAGGUGAGGCAGUUCUUUACCCUCAACGGCUCCUGCCGCCUUCCGCUCAGCCCCAGUCUGCUGGUCAAGGGCAUCGUGCCCAGGGACUGUUCCUACUUCAACUCCAAUGCUGUCCCCCUCAAGCUCUCCUUCCAGAAUGUGGAUCCGCUGGGUGAGAACAUCCGUGUCAUCUUCAAGUGCGGGGAUGACCUUCGCCAGGACAUGCUAACCCUGCAGAUGAUUCGCAUCAUGAGCAAGAUCUGGGUCCAGGAGGGGCUGGACAUGCGCAUGGUCAUCUUCCGCUGCUUCUCCACUGGCCGGGGGAGAGGGAUGGUGGAGAUGAUCCCCAAUGCUGAGACCCUGCGCAAGAUCCAGGUGGAGCACGGGGUGACCGGCUCGUUCAAGGACCGGCCCCUGGCUGACUGGCUGCAGAAACACAACCCUGGGGAGGAGGAGUAUGAGAAGGCUGUGGAGAACUUCAUCUAUUCCUGUGCUGGCUGUUGCGUGGCCACAUACGUCUUGGGCAUCUGUGACCGACACAACGACAACAUCAUGCUGAAGACCACCGGCCACAUGUUCCACAUAGAUUUUGGCCGCUUCCUGGGUCACGCCCAGAUGUUUGGCAACAUCAAGCGGGACCGUGCCCCCUUUGUCUUCACCUCGGACAUGGCGUAUGUCAUCAACGGGGGUGACAAGCCUUCCAGCCGCUUCCAUGAUUUUGUUGACCUUUGCUGCCAAGCCUACAACCUCAUUCGCAAGCACACCCACCUCUUCCUCAACCUUCUGGGCCUGAUGUUGUCCUGUGGGAUCCCUGAGCUCUCAGACCUGGAGGACCUCAAAUAUGUGUAUGAUGCCCUGAGGCCUCAGGACACAGAGGCCAAUGCCACUACCUACUUCACUAGGUUGAUUGAGUCCAGCCUGGGCAGUGUGGCCACAAAGCUCAAUUUUUUCAUCCAUAACCUGGCCCAGAUGAAAUUCACAGGCUCAGAUGACCGACUGGCCCUUUCCUUUGCUCCCCGAACAUAUACUGUCAAGAGCUCCGGUCGCAUCAGUGAUGUUUUUCUCUGCCGCCAUGAGAAGAUCUUUUACCCCAACAAGGGCUACGUUUACGUGGUAAAGGUGAUGCGAGAGAAUGCUCAUGAGGCCACUUACAUCCAGCGGACAUUUGAGGAGUUCCAGGAGUUACACAAUAAGCUGCGGCUGCUCUUCCCUUCUUCCUUCUUGCCCAGCUUCCCCAGCCGCUUUGUGAUUGGGCGCUCCCGGGGAGAGGCGGCGGCCGAGCGUCGGAGGGAGGAGUUAAACGGCUACAUCUGGCACUUGAUCCACGCAGCCCCUGAGGUGGCGGAGUGUGAUUUGGUGUGCACCUUCUUCCACCCACUGCCCCGCGAUGAGAAGGCUGCGGGCACCAGCCCAGCUCCCAAGUCCUCAGAUGGCUCAUGGGCGCGGCCCAUCGGGAAGGUAGGAGGGGAGGUGAAGCUGUCAAUCUCCUACAAAAACAAUAAACUUUUCAUCAUGGUGAUGCAUAUUCGGGGCUUGCAGCUGCUCCAGGACGGGAAUGACCCUGACCCCUAUGUGAAGAUUUAUCUCCUUCCUGACCCUCAGAAAACCACUAAGAAGAAAACCAAAGUGGCCCGGAAAACCUGCAACCCCACCUACAAUGAGAUGCUGGUGUAUGAUGGGAUCCCCAAGGGAGACCUGCAGCAGCGGGAGCUCCAGCUGAGUGUGCUGAGUGAGCAGGGACUCUGGGAGAACGUUCUCCUCGGGGAGGUGCGCAUCCGCCUGCGAGAGCUGGACCUGGCCCAGGAGAAGGCUGGCUGGUUUGCACUGGGAUCCCGGAGUCAGGAGACCUCGUGAGCCCAACCUGGGACUCCAGGCUGCUGGGGGAGCUGGGGGAGAAGCGGCUCCCUGCCUUGUGGAGGGGUGGGCCCUCGGCGGGCCUCCCUGCAGUCCGGUGGACCGGCCUGCGUGCUAGGCGUCAGGGAGGGUCCCUGCGCUCUGCCGUCCCCUCCCCUGCAGACGGAACUGGGGCUGGUUGUGAUGAGCAGCCCUUGGAGGCUGUGAGGUUGCAGCGAAGUUUUAAGUUUACCUUGUGUCAAGGGAGCAAUGCCUGCUUUGGGGGUGUGGGGUGGGCUGGGUGAAGUAGCAUUUGGAGGGGGGUGGAUAUCUUUAUUUUUAUUUUUAAAAAUGCAAUAGUAACGUUGUCCUAACUGGACAGGAAGCCUUGUGAGAAGGGACGUACAUCUAUGCCUUAGCAGGCAGAAGAGGAAGACUUUGGAAUUUUGUAUGAUUAAGGUUCUUAUUGGACUUUUCACUAGAUUUUUGUUUUUCUUCUGUCUAUAGGAAUUAUUUGAGGAGGGGCCCAGUGGGUCCUCGCUUAGAGCCCUCCCUCUCUCAGGGCAGGUCGGGGAGGGACGGUGGGCUGCGUGUGCUGGACGAGGCCUGCACCGCCAGGCCUUUCUGAUUUUGCCUCCAAAGGAGAGCGAUGUGAUACCUAGUGUGUGAGGAAGGGCCUUCUAUGGGGGCUUCUGCAGAGGACCAGGAUUCAGGGACGCGAGCUCUCAGGGGAGUCUCCUCUCGUCUUCCCCUACUUAGCUAGGACUCGCCCUGAAUACUAUCUUCUACCCUCUGUUCUCUCGGCCCUUCUGGGGACCAUCUGGUCCCUGUGAAUAUGCUGGGGGUGCUUCCCCCAUAGGUCUCUGCCUUCUUUUCUCUGGUGGGGAUAAAAUGCUGCCUCAGCCCUUAGAUUUCCUUCGCCCGAGGGCACCUUGGCCCUGGGAGGGCCUCUAGGCUGCAGGUGCUAUGUGGCCCCGGUCACCCACCAUGCCACUUCUCUCUUUUGUGCUGCUUCUUUCCCAAACUCCACUUCUGUCACAUUUUUUAUAAGAAUUUCCCUCAUUCUAUGGGGCCAUAAACCUAUUUAGUCUGGAGCCAAAGGGAUGCCCUAACUGAAGGAAAGGUCGCAUGGGCUGGGGGAUCUGCCCAAACCAUUUUUCCCAUGAUUCUCUUUGGUGGCGAGGAGCCUGGAUCAGAGGUGCAGAUCCCCUGGCACUGAGCGGGAGGGAGAGCCUGGGUCUCUUGCUCUUACUGUCUUCAUUCCCUCCCAGAUGGAUCUGAAAGCACUCUCGUGCUUUACUCCAAAGGCUUGUCUUUGACAAAAGAGGGAGACCUUGAAUGUGACGUUAACUUUUUAAACCAGAAUUGGCCGAUGUCCCCCAUGGUUGGGGAACGGAGUUCAACAGGGAUGCCCUGUGAAUCGUCCCUCACUAGCUUCCUCCUCAGCUCCAGGGAUCAGAAAUUCCCCCUUUUGCUGAUUCAUUCCAUAACUGGAGAAGGAAGCUCCAUUCACUGAAGCCACAGGGCAGCAAGGAAGUUUAAACUUUUCUUUUAAGUUAAAAAUGUCUAGGAUACAGCUGGCAGCUGGGGGGAGGGGCUGGAGGGUGGGGAGAGGGGUGGAAUUUCUCCAGGUGAAUGGACCAUACCUGCGUUACUGGCUUGUUGCCUGUAGCUCAUUUUAUUUUGACCCUCUGUGCCCUGAUUAAAGAGGUAUGUGUACUGUACCCACUUUCUCUAGAAUUGUAUUUUCUAAUAAAUGACAUUUGAGAAAAACAA